UUGCACCCCAAGGAUAUUAUCAUGUUUAAAAGCAGAUUACAGAGAUUUCUGAAACACAGUCAAGUUUUUGAGGUAUCAAUCAAUCUCAUAUCAUCCCGAAGAAGAACGAAGUUGGACGACUAACACAAAAAUGUCUUCUGCAGUUGUUCAACUCCUUGGUCCUCCAGAAAUCUACAAACCCAUCACUCCACAAAUACAAAAUCACGCAGUUGAUUCAUCUUCAAAGUCUUCUUUUAUGGAUCUUAUGGUAGCCAACUUCAAUUCAGCUCAUACUCGGACUCCACCACAAAUUCAGUGGACUGAGAAUGGAUCAGCUACUUAUGGUUCCACAGGAAAUCCAUUACUUGAUUUCUUCUUCCAUAUUCUUCCUGAUACAUCAUGUGAAAAUCUAACUCACAGGUUAGAACUUGCUUGGAAGCACGAUGCGUUAACAACAUUGAAGCUCAUAGGCAACUUGAGAGGAGUUAGAGGAACUGGAAAGUCAGAUAGGGAAAGUUUUUAUGGAGCUGCAUUAUGGCUUCACAAAAACCAUCCCAAAACCCUUGCGUGUAAUUUGAGAUCGUUUGCUGAAUUCGGCUACUUCAAAGACUUGCCUGAAAUUCUAUAUAGACUUCAUGAAGGUCUUGAAGUUCGAAAACUUGUCAAGGAAGAGAGAACUAGGAGAAAGAAAUCGAGAAGCAAAAGAGUCUGGAAAGAAAAUAACAAAGGAAGGCGCUUUUAUAUUGAUUACAAAAUUGAAGUGGCACCCAAAGCCAGAAUCAAGAAAUCUACAUUGGCGCCUCAGGCGCAGAGGGUUCUAGCAGAGAAGAAAAGGGCUGUACUGGAGAAGGAAAAUGCGAGAAUCUUGAGACAGGAGAAGAAGAUUUCGAUAAUGAGAAGAGCUCUGGAGAGGUAUGGACGCGAUCCUGAUUACAGAUUCUUACACGACCGAAUCUCUGAACUCUUUGCUGAGUGUUUAAUUUCCGAUUUGCAAUUUAUGAAAUCUGGCGAACUCGGUAAGAUCAGUUUCGCUUCGAAAUGGUGUCCAUCACUGGACUCUUCUUCCGAUAGGUCAACUCUGUUAUGUGAGAGCAUUGCCAGAAGAGUUUACCCACGCAGUUCAUAUCCAGAAUACCAAGGAGUCGAAGAAGCUCAUUAUGCGUACAGAAUUCGCGAUCGUCUAAGGAAAGAGUUCCUGGUCCCGCUUCGAAAAGCUUUAGAAUUGCCAGAGGUGUACAUUGGUUCGAACAAGUGGGGAUCACUACCAUACAACAGAGUAGCCUCUGUUGCCAUGAAAAACUACAAGAAAAUCUUCAUGAAACACGACGAAGAACGAUUCAAGAAGUAUCUGGAGAGUGUAAAGAGAGGAGAUGCGAAGAUUGCAGCUGGAGCAUUACUCCCUCAUGAGAUUAUAGAGUCUGUAACAGAGGGAACAGGUUGUGAUGUUGCAGAACUUCAAUGGCAAAGAAUGGUGAAUGAUUUAUCAGAAAAAGGAAAACUAAAAGAUUGUCUUGCACUUUGUGAUGUAUCAGGUAGUAUGGGUGGAACUCCAAUGGAGGUAUGUGUAGCCCUUGGUCUGUUAAUCUCCGACAUGAGUGAAGAUCCCUGGAAAGGCAAUGUAAUCACAUUCAGUACAAAUCCUCAACUUCACAAAAUCGAAGGCGAUGAUUUACGUUCUAAAACAGAAUUCAUGAGAAGGAUGGAUUGGGGAAUGUCAACAGAUUUCCAGAAAGUUUUCGACUUAAUAUUGCAAGUAGCCGUUGACGGGAACUUAAAAAGUGAUGAAAUGAUAAAGAGGGUGUUUGUGUUUAGUGAUAUGGAAUUCGAUCAAGCUUCGGAGAAUCAUUGGGAAACAGAUUAUCAAACCAUACAGAGGAAGUUUAAAGAGAGAGGGUUUAUAUCUGUUCCUGAGAUUGUGUUUUGGAACUUGAGAGAUUCAAGAGCAACUCCGGUGACUGGUGAACAGAAAGGUGUUGCAAUGGUGAGUGGGUUUUCCAAGAAUAUGUUGAGUUUGUUUUUAGAAGGUGGAGAUAUGAAUGACUUGAAACCAUUGUCCGUGAUGAAGAAAGCAAUCUCUGGAGGGGAAUACGAUAAUCUUGUUGUAAUUGAUUGAUUCCAUUGAAUAUGCAAAAUUUGAGAUUUUAAUAAACAAGUUUAUCUCUUGAACUGCAUUAGCAAUUACAUGGUAAAUUCACUA